CCACCGACCUUCUUUCUUCGGCCCAAACCCUUUCCUUUCUUCAAAGGUUUCUCAUACCUAGAAAAUUUUCGCAUUUGCCUUCUUCUUUCUUGAACCAAAAGAAAAAAAAAAAAAAAAACCAGAAGAGAGAGAAAGUAAUGGCGACUUUUGGCGAAGCACCUGCUGGUAACAAGGAUACUGGAGCUAAGAUCUUCAAGACUAAGUGCGCUCAAUGUCACACCGUUGAGCAAGGCGCUGGUCACAAACAAGGUCCAAAUCUAAAUGGUCUUUUUGGUAGGCAAUCUGGUACAGCUGCUGGGUACUCUUACUCUGCUGCUAACAAGAACAAGGCUGUCGUUUGGAGUGAAGACACACUAUACGACUACUUGCUCAACCCCAAGAAGUACAUUCCCGGCACAAAGAUGGUGUUCCCUGGUUUGAAGAAGCCGCAAGAUCGUGCUGACCUUAUUGCAUAUCUGAAGGAAUCUACCCAGUGAUCUGAUUGCACCUUAUAUACUUCAUUCCUUUUGUCAGGAGAGAUCAAAGGAGAAUUUUGAUCAAAAAAUGAGUUAUUUUCCUUAGCGAGACCAACUUAGAAUUCGUUUUUGCAAAUAAGUUUUACCAUGAUGAGGAAACGUCACCCUCGAUUCAUAUUAUACCUUGCUGCUAUGGCCUGGUUUAAACAAUUGUUUACAGAUGACUUACAGACUUGAUUUGCUUCUGUAGAAGGGAAGAAAUCGGAAAAUGUUCCAUCUCUUUUGUCACAGAAGCUGUAUUAAGGUUUACAAAUGGUUUGAAUUGUAAUCGUUAAGAUUUUGUGAAACUUUCAACGAUUCAUUUCUUUCUUACAGAUGCAUAAUAUCCUGCAGGUCGUGGUCUA